AUGCCCAAAAACAAAGGAAAAGGAGGCAAGAAUCGUAAGAGAGGGAAGAAUGAGAACGAGUCAGAAAAACGUGAAUUGGUCUUCAAGGAAGAUGGACAGGAAUAUGCUGUAGUGACCAAGAUGUUGGGAAAUGGCUGGGUAGAAGCUCAAUGUAUUGAUGGAGAAAAGAGACAAGCACAUAUAAGAGGUGCCUUCCGAAAGAAGGUUUGGAUCACAGCUGGAGAUGUUGUUCUGCUCGGGUUGCGAGAUUUCCAAGACUCAAAGGCAGACGUCAUACUAAAGUAUACGGCUGAUGAAGCAAGAAUGCUAAAAUCGUAUGGUGAAAUUCCUGACAACAUCAAGAUCAAUGAAACUGCUAUUGGUAUGGAAGAAGGAGAUGAAGAAGACGAUGGUGUCGAAUUCGACAUUGACGAGAUUUAA